AUGGAGAGCGCGGGGAGCGGAGGGGGCCAGCGCGCCGCCCCCUUGGGCCCGGCACGGCGCGGGGGCGCGGACUCCGGAUCCGCAGGCUUCUGGAGACCCUGGGUUGACGCCCGAGGCAAGAAAGAGGAAGCGGCGCCGCACCACGCCGCGGAGGCGAUGCCUGAUGGCCCUGGAAUGACCGAAGCCUCAGGAAAGCUGUCCCAAUACAGACACCCAGUCAGACUAUUUUGGCCAAAAUCAAAGUGUUAUGAUUACUUAUAUCAGGAAGGAGAGGCUCUUCUGAAAAAUUUUCCAAUUCAAGCCACAAUUUCAUUUUAUGAAGAUUCUGAUAGCGAAGAUGAAAUUGAGGAGCUGACCUGUGAAAAUUAAUGUGAUUAGUUACUUUUAAUGACAUUUGAAGCUUAUAGCAUUUAAAUUUAGUAUGUAAAUGUAUCAUAAUCCUUUUAAACUAAUUUAUUUGUAUAUAAAUUAUUAAUAAAAUGAAAUAUUUUGUAA